CUUGCAGGGGUCACAGUCCAUGUUGAAACAACAGAUGUCGGUGACAAGAGCGUAGACGUGUCCUCGCAACAUGACUUGAAUGGAAGUUCAACGGUGUCUGUGACCAGCAUUGCAAAUGCCUAUACUAAUUCCUCUCACGAAAAUUCAUCCGCAAGUACGACGGCAAGUGGGACGACUUCCGAGAUACUCGGCUCGAGCACCGUUUCAAGUGAAGCAGCUUCGCAACCUGCAAGCCAUAAGCCAACUGUGUCUGCAAACACAUUUCAAGAGCCUCGAGUCACUUCGCCCAUAACUGUACUUGUGAACAUAUCUCAAGAGCCUGAAGUCACUUCGCCCAUAACUUUGCUCGCAAACACCUCUCAAGAGCCCGAAGUCACUUCACCCAUAACUGUGUUUGGGAACACAUCUCAAGAGCCCAAAGUCACUUCACCCAUAACCGUGUCUUCGAACGCGUCUCCAGAGCCUCGAGUAACUUCGCCCAAAACUGUGCCUGGGAGCACUUCUCCAGAGCCUCAAGUUGCUUCGAACGCAACUCUCACACAAAACUCGCAAUCGACUGCAAUGGACGUUCUGAACAACACUAGGACCACGGCAGAAUCUAGAACCACGGCAAAAGUUUCAAACGUCGCAAACAUUACCGACCCAGACGACGAGACCAGUGCGCAGGCAAAUGUGACUACCUCUUUUCGGUCGACCGAGUUUGUCACGAAGGACGGACCUCUUGCGACAAACACACCGACAACGAGGGACAUGUCCACGUCCACUUCGGAAAAGCAGGGACGACGUCGCCACAGCAAGAGUGCCAUCAUCGCGACUGUCAUCAUCGUGGUUGUGCUUCUCAUAGGGUUGGUGGGCAUGGGCCUGUGGUUCUACAACGUCCGCUACCGGUUACACCGAAGAGAUCGUCCGAUUCUAAGGGACACGGAAGGCAACGAUGCUGACAACCCUGCAUUCAGCGUCGUUUACUAUCAGAACGAAGGAAAUGAAGACGUUAUGCUACAGAAGCACUGACCUCUUGCCCAUUAGUAGGCAAGGCUGAUGCUGUGCAUGUUCAAUUUAAGGCUAGCACAACUGAAAAGAAACAGGCCAGGUCAUCAUUCCAUGUUAAUGAAAUGAGGACCAAAAAACAAUUUGUUAUCUGCUGAUGGCACUUAAAAAAAGAAAAUUGCGAUACCUCGCUAACAUGGCAGGCAUUUAGAUGUAGUAUUCCCCACGUGCCUUACUUCAGUUAAGAGAGUUUAGAGGGUGCGAAUAUCUUAAACACAUUAUUGUGUUUGGCAUUCGGGUCUGUGAUUUAGCGAAGGUUGGCAGUGUUCACAAUGUGCAUUUAGGUUGUACCAAACAAUACCGAGCAAGCGCCCACUCAAAAUUUGAAGAUAAUCGCGAAAAAAUAGAGGAUGGGUGCAUGCGAGGUCACCGAUUUUACAGAUAUAUGUACUGUGCAUAUUCUUUUUGAUGUUUAAAAUUUUGGGGGUGGGCGCUUAGUGCGGAAUGAGAGGAUGCACGGUAUUCCACGAUAGUAGUGUAGCCUUCGAAAGCAAGAAAUGCCGGGGAAUGAAGUUGCACAUGUUGCAUCAACAUAUUUAAUGGCAGCAAGUUAUCAUAUACAUAGAAUAUAAUUGAUUUCACCAAGCUUUUCCCUGCUACGUCUUUGUGUACUUCAGGGAGUGUGUGUUGGUUAUUGAAAUCUGUCUAAAUUAGAAAUUCAAAGCUAAAUUUCAAGUUCCAUAGUCCUGGGAACCGUAAACUGAGUGUUUAUUGCCUAUCUACCCUUCCGAAGCAGGAAACACUUGCAUACCAAGUUGUAGGUUUGCAAACAUUUGGAUAGUGUGAAGGAACAUACUAGCUGUAAUGAGUGAAUCAUCCACAUACAUGGUGUGUGUAGCAUUUAUAUACAGGGUGCUUUUGGAAAUGUGGGCCAAAUUACUCCUGCAAAAACUACGCAUCACACAGAAACAAAGGUGGAUGGCAUAGUGGUCUGCACCAAAGGGCCCAUUAAGGAAAAUGAUUAGCCUUGAGUAUAAUUGGGUAAUUAAGUAAGCAAUAAUCCCUGGAGAAGAGGGACAAAGGUCAGACACAGCUAGGUAACUGGUGCAUGCAGAAAAAAUCCGCCUGGUCCUGGUAUAGGACCAGGGACCUCUCCAUUUCCAGUGCAGUGCUCUACCAACUGAGCUAGCCAGGGGUUAGACGUCAAUAGCAGUGGCGUAGCCAGGAAUUUUUUCCGGGGGGGGGGGAAGGGGCUGAGGUGGCUGGGAUGUUUAUGACUUUGGGUGUAGAGAGGGGCAGGGGGGGUCAAAAUGCAUGUGUAUAUUAUAGGGUCGGCUGGAUUUUGGGCUACGCCCCUGAUUGGUAGAGCAAACGGGUUUUAUCAGCUGCCACCAGUUUAACAGCAACAAGGGUGAACGGCCUGCAUUUUUAAGGUUAUGAUAUUAAUGCAAAGAGCAGGCAAGCUGGACAGAUGAUAACCUUAAAAAUGCAGGCCGUGCAGGCAGCUGAUAAAACCCAUUUGCUCUAUUGACGUCUAACUCCUGGUUAGCUCGGUUGGUAAAGUGUUCCAAUGGAAAUGGAGAGGUCCCUGGUUCGAUACCAGGACCCGGCUGACUUUUUCAGCGCGCACCAGUUACCUUAGUUGAGUUUGGAGGUUUGUGCUUGUCCUUUGUCCCUCUUGUUCUACCUCUCCAGGGAUUAUUAUUGUUUAUUCUGUUCAGCUCGUCCACACCUUUGCACUAAUAUCAUAAACUUAAAAAUAUAGGCCAUUCACCUUUGUUGGUGUUAGACUGGUGGUACCUGAUAAAAUCUGUCUGCUCUACUGACGUCUAACUCCUGUUUAAGUCGGUUGGUAGAGUACUCCACUGGAAAUGAAGACGUCCCUGGUUCGAUACAAGGACCAGGCAGAUUUUUUCAGCGCACACCAGUUUCCUAGUUGUGUUCGGAGAUUUGUUUUUGUCCUUUGUUCCUCUUGUUCCCCUUCUCCAGGGAAUAUUAUUGUUUAUUCUGUCCAGUGAACCUGCACCUUUGUACUAUUAAUCACAUACUUUUUAAUAAUUAAAUUUUUAAACAUUAACUUAACUUUAAAGGUUAAGAACUUGAUGGAAACUAAUAAAUACACCCAUACAAUGAUAUAAGGCAUGCGCAGCAUUUUAUGGCGUUCCAAAGAAUUGCUAAAUUUGAAAGAGUUUCUAGGUUUCGUUUUUUUUAUCAGCAGUCCCGCCCACUGUGGCCAAAAUGCGCAAUGUGCGUGUGCUGCCACGCAUCGUACGUAAAGGUGCAUAGCCAAAGCUCGUGGCAGUUCGGAGACUUUCUUACCCAGCCCCUUCUACGUGCCAUGCGUGGUGGCGCACAUACGUUGCACGUUUUGGCCACGGGCAGUAGGAUUGCUGGCAUGGAGAAGCGCAUCAGUAAAAAAACUGAAACCUAGAAAUGCAUCCAAAUUAGGAAUUUUUUCGGAAUGCCGUAAAAUGCUGAGCGUGCCCUAUAUCAUUGUGAUAAGGGUGAAUUUAGCAGUUUUCCAAUAUGCCCAGCAAGUUUCUAACUGAAACCAUGUCUUUAAAAUUAACAUUGUAAUUACUAAAAAGUAAUUAAUUACCCAAUUAUACUGAACGCUAAUCAUUUUCCCUAAUGGACCUUUCGGCACAUACCACUACAGCAACAAUUUAUUUUCUGUGUGAUGCGUAGCUUUUGCAGGAGCGAUUCAAGUAUUUUACAAAAAGGUUUGUACAUGUCCACACCCCCUUUAUCUUUUUUUUCUUUUACUUAUUUUUAUACAUAUAGCAUUUAUGAAGUCUGGCUUGCUCAGAAUCUUUUGUGGUGUACAAAUAUGAGGUAGCUCGGAAGCGUAUAGUUUACGGUUUCUUUGUUCUCUGCUACGAUUGAUAACAGUGCAUUUAUUUGCAGUUUUACACUGUGCCUUGUAGGUUUUAUAUUUAAAAAAACUAUCACCAGGGGACAUUACAUUGUUAUGCAUACUCUACUCCUCGUAUUUUGAUAAUGCAUUUAGUGAUCACUGGUUUUCGCAAAUAAACCUCUUUCAUUUCCUCCAAAAAAAAAAAAAAAA